AUGGCCUCCGAAGCUUUCGUCAUCAAGGUGCCAUGUUCGUCCGCCAACAUUGGCCCGGGCUUCGACGUCAUAGGCCUCGCUCUUUCCAUGUACCUGGAGCUGCAUGUCACCAUUGACCGGACCAAGUCCAAGUCGGAGUAUCCUCUCAACUGCCGCGUCACGUAUGAGGGCCAGGGGGAGGACGAGAUCAGCCUCGAUCCGGAUGCGAACCUACUGACUCGAGUGGCCCUCUACGUCCUGCGGUGCCACGAGCAGCGUUCCUUCCCGGUGGAGACCCAUGUGCACAUCAAGAACCCAAUCCCUCUGGGCCGUGGUCUGGGGUCGUCAGGCGCUGCCGUGGUGGCCGGCGUGCUGCUGGGCAAGCAGUGCGGUGGACUCGACCACCUGGACAAUGACCGCCUAUUUGACUACUGCCUCAUGAUAGAACGGCACCCGGACAAUGUGGGCGCAGCACUGUACGGAGGCUUUGUGGGGACCUACUUGAAGCCACUCGCACCAGAGGACGUGGCCCGUAUCGAGAUUCCCCUAGCUGAGGUCCUCCCUUCGCCGGCGGGCGGAGUCGACACCGGCGCCAGGCCCCCGGAUCCGCCACGGGGCAUUGGGCAUCACAUCAAGUUCCCCUGGGCAAAGGAGAUCAAGGCUGUGGCUAUCAUCCCCGAUUUCGAGGUCGCUACGGCAAAGGCAAGGGCUGUGCUGCCUGCAGAGUAUCCUCGCCCCGAUGUGACGUUCAACCUGCAGAGAAUAGCCCUCCUGCCGGUGGCACUCGGCCAGUCCCCUCCGGAUCCGGAUCUGAUCUACCUGGCGAUGCAGGACAAGCUGCACCAGCCGUACCGCCAGACCCUGAUCCCCGGGCUGACGGAGAUUGUCGAGUCCAUGACGCCAAGCACGAUGCCCGGGCUGCUCGGGGUGUGUCUCUCGGGCGCGGGGCCUACCAUCCUGGCCCUGGCCACCAACAACUUCGAGGAGAUUGCCGAGAGCAUAAUAUCUCGGUUCAGGCCCCAGAACAUCCAGUGCAGCUGGAAGCUGUUGGAGCCGGCCGAGGGCAGCCAUGUCGUCCGGAAGUAG